GCAAUUCACUCUCCUUCUCAUACAUCUUCCCACUCAGAUUAAAUCUUACUGAUCUUACUAGCUAAGAUGUCUUGGGAUGACGGAAAGCACGCCAAGGUGAACAAAGUGCAGCUUACUUUCGAUGACGUCAUCAGAUCCAUCGAGGUGGAAUACGAGGGAACCAACCUAAAGUCCCAGCGUCGUGGCACUGUCGGCACCAAAUCAGACGGAUUCACACUGAGCACGGACGAGUACAUAACGAACGUGUCUGGUUACUACAAAACCACUUUUUCGGGGGACCUUAUAACGGCGUUAACGUUUAAGACGAACAAGAAGACAUAUGGGCCUUACGGAAACAAAACUCAGAACUACUUUUCAGCUGACGCGCCCAGCGAUAACCAAAUUGCUGGAUUUUUAGGAACCAGCGGCAAUGCUCUCAGCUCCAUCGACGUUCACUUUGCUCCCAUUCCUACCCCUGGAAGCAUCAAACCAAAACCUGUUGAUCCUCCUAGCGGUUCUGGAACCGACUCCGGCAAAGACGGUUCAAAACCUGAAGGCUCUGGAACCGACUCCGGCAAAGACGGUUCAAAACCUGAAGGCUCUGGAACCGACUCCGGCAAAGACGGUUCUAAACCUGAAGGCUCUGGAACCGACCCCGGCAAAGACGGUUCUAAACCUGAAGGCUCUGGAACCGACUCCGGCAAAGACAGUUCUAAAUCUGACGGCCCCGGGAAGAAGGGGCCGCUUGGUGGUGAUAAGGGAAAUGUAUUCGAUGAUGUUGGUUUCGAAGGUGUGAAGAAAAUUACCGUGGGAGCAGAUGACUUAAGCAUAACCUAUAUCAAGAUCGAAUACAUAAAAGAUGGGAAAGUUGUUGUCCGUGAGCAUGGCACAGUUCGUGGGGAACUAAAAGAGUUUUCUGUGGACUACCCAAACGAUACUAUCACGGCCGUUGGCGGAAGCUUCAAAAAUGUUUUCACCUAUGAUACAACCCUCAUCACAUCACUUUACUUCACAACCUCAAAGGGUAUUACCUCUCCAUUAUUUGGCGAGAAGAAGAAGAAUGCAACAGAGUUCGAGUUCAAAGGUGAAAAUGGAGGCAAGCUUAUUGGGUUACAUGGACGUGGUGGUAACGCUAUUGAUGCCAUUGGAGCUUACUUCGACACCACCGGUUCAAAAGGGGGUAAGGUUGACGAGGGUCCAAAAACUGAUGUCUCCGGGAAGAAGGGGCCGCUUGGUGGUGACAAGGGAGAAGAAUUCAACGAUGUUGGUUUCGAAGGUGUGAAGAAAAUUACCGUGGGAGCAGAUGACUUAAGCAUAACCUAUAUCAAGAUCGAAUACUUAAAGGACGGAAAAAUUGUCAUCCGUGAGCAUGGCACAGUUCGUGGAGAACUAAAAGAGUUUUCAGUGGACUAUCCAAACGAUAGUAUCACGGAAGUUGGUGGAAGCUACAAAAAUGUUUUCACAUAUGAUACAACUCUCAUCACAUCUCUAUACUUCACAACCUCAAAGGGUAUUACCUCUCCCUUAUUCGGUGAGAAGAAGAAGAAUGCAAAAGAUUUCGAGUUCAAAGAUGAAAAUGGAGGCCAGCUUAUCGGAUUCCAUGGACGUGGUGGGAAUGCUAUCGAUGCCAUCGGAGCUUACUUCGAUACUGGUUCGAAACAUGGUGGCCGUGAUGACAGUGGAAGUGGAUCCAACAGCGGUUCUAGUACUCAAAAACUUGACGCACAAGGAGGCAAGGGAGGCAACCCAUGGGACGACGGUAGUGAUCACGACGGUGUGACAAAAAUAUAUGUUACAGUUGGUCGAGGAAUCGAGCAAGUCAGGUUUGAUUAUGUCAAGAACGGGCAGACAAAGGAAGGACCUGCUCAUGGUGUGGAAGGAGCUAGAUCUUUCACUGAAACGUUUGAGAUAAGUCAUCCCAACGAGUACCUCCUUACCGUGAAGGGUUGGUCUGAUUCAACCAACAAGAUUGAUGGAAUUCAGUUCACAACCAACACAAAGACUUCACAGUAUUACGGGUCUCAAAAAUCUCCUGGAGAUGAAGGUAUAGAUAUUUCACUUGAAGUGAAAGACAAGAAGAUUGUCGGCUUUCAUGGCUUCGCAGACACUCAGCUCAACUCUCUUGGAGCUUACUUCGCUCCAAUCGCCUCAACUCCAUUGAAACCUAGCAAGAAGCUAAAAGCAGUAGGUGGUGAUGAAGGAGCUUCAUGGGAUGAUGGUGCUUUCGACGGGGUUAAGAAAAUACAAGUAGGGCAAAAUGUUGAUGGUGUAUCUUUCGUGGCGGUCGAGUACGAGAAUGGCUCCCAGAAAGUUCUUGGCGAUGGUCAUGGCAAAAAAUCAGCACUUGGAGUUGAAACGUUUGAGCUUGCGGAUGGUGAGUACAUUACGUCUGUGGGUGUCUACUAUGAUAAAGUUCAUGCAGAGGGACGCGGUGUGACAUUAGUGUCGUCUUUGAUAUUCAAGACUAACAAGCAAGAAUCUCAACCAUUUGGAAUGACUGGGGGAGAAUUUGUUGAACUCAAGGAAGAAGGUAACAAAAUCGUUGGGUUCCAUGGAAAAGCUAGCGAUUGGAUUCAUCAAAUUGGAGUCUAUGUUGCACCAGUCACCAAAUGA